GAUCGUUCUCUCUCAGAGGAGCAGAAACAGCCACGCAAGAAACUUUACUUAAGAUCAACAUUUGACUCUCACAGCUCAGAAAUGGAACGAGUAUUGAUCCUGUUGGUUGCUGCCUUCAUGGCUUACAUGGCACCGGGUAUCCAGGGAACAGCACAUUUGUCCUUCGCCAAUAAUACAACACAGGUGUCGAACUUCACUCGGCAAACUUGUGGAGUCACCGAACUGUGUGUUGAGACUCCAGAUGACUGUGAUCCUGCUGGAAACACAACCUGCCUGUUUGCAGCUAUCAACGCCAGCACACCAAUGGCUCCCAAUGGCACCGAUCUGACCGUCAAACUCAGCGGAGAGUCCAUGGGAUACAUCGCACUGGGACUCACCGUGAACUCAUCAGUGGGCAACACCAUGCUUUUCAUCUGUGCUCAAAACAGCUCAAGCAAUGGGACGUUCUUCUUCCGCACAAUGCAGAGAAACAACGUCAACACUACCGAUGCACCUACUCCAUUAGAGAAGACAGUGACAGAAAUCCGAGGCUCAGUGACAGACAACAUGAUCCGCUGUGAGUUCAACAUCCCGGACAUUAACGCCACCACCUCCAGGUCCAGCCACGCUACCACCUUCACCAUCCUGCUCGGGAAAGGAAGCUUUGAUGGAAACACUCUCGGUGUCUUCAACGUGUCUCUGGACAGCGGCCCUCUGAACCUCCGCGACCCAACCAGCAACGUUGUUAACGCCACAACAGCACCCACUGGCAGGGCACCUACAUUGGCAGCCAAUGCUGUGCUCCUCCUGCUGAGUGUCCUCUCAUUGUCCAUCAUGCUCUGAGCCUGAAACAGAGUCCAGGUGGGGGAGGAAAGGAAAUUGGAAGGAUCCAAUGAAGACAAUUAAUAAGCUGGAUUUAUGAACGGAGAACCAACAAACUGCAUAUAGUACAUAUAUAUUUUUUAUUGAACUUGUUAAGAAUUUAUAUUAAAACAUUUUGCACUGUACCCUUUUGCACCUGAGAUGUACUCUGAGCUGAGAAAAAGAAAAGAUGACGUUCAGAUUUGCAUUUGCACUUCUUGGGUUUUUAGUGACUAACUGUAGGAAGAUAAUGGAUAAUACAUUUACACAAAAGAAGAGAGAUACUGUAACUUUAGUUUUGCUUGUGUGUAACAAACAACAUUAAGCCGCCCAACUGGCAACGCAAGCUAAAUGUAAAAUUACAGGCUUAACAAGUUUGAGCUGUUUUCCACUACAUUUUGGCAGUAAACUUCAACGGUUAACAGAGAAAAUAAACAAACAUAAUUUCAGAGAAACCCAAACCGAGCCCGGAUUGUAGAAUUGUGUUUGUUUGUCAUGUUUUAAUAUUUACAUGUUAAUGUUAAUGUGCUGUGAAUGUAAGAUAUGUGUGGAGGAUACAGGUGAAAAUG